CUGCUGCAUCGCACUGCUCGCAUUCAACCCUAGGGCAGGCGGACAAAUCGGAAACCCCACUGCCAGAGCUUCUGUCGUGCUCCCCUCAUCAUGAUGAGGGAGCAUCAUGCUUUCCUGCAAGAAGCAAAACCAAUGGCUUGUCUUCCAAGUGAAGUCUUUCAGCUUAUCACAGCAAAUCACCACUAACCUACGCGGCCGCUAUUGUCUUCAAUGAUGUCAGUGCAACAAAUCCAGUCCAAAGGCAUCUUCCACGGCUUGCCAGUAUAUCCGCCUGAGCUCGUCGGACUUACGGCGAUAGUCACCGGAGCAAAUGGCAUUAGUGGACAUUACAUGCUCAAAGUUCUAUCAGAGGAUCCGAAGAGAUGGAAAAGGAUCAUUUGCCUGAGCCGCAGACCACCUCUGAUCGCGGGUGGCUUGCCGGACAAUGCUGAACACAUACCAGUUGACUUUCUGCAGGAGCCGAAGGACAUCGCAGAUGUAUUGCAAGCGCAUAAAGUCGAGGCAGAUCAUGUCUUUUUCUUCAGCUACAUCCAGCCCACGCCGAAAGAAGGAGCUGGACUUUGGACCAACGCACAAGAAUUGGUCGAGGUGAACUCCAAGCUUCUCAGUAACUUUCUUGAAGCGCUGAAGCUUGCUGGAGUGACUCCGAAACGUUUCAUGUUGCAGACUGGCGCAAAGAACUAUGGUGGCCAUCUAGGCCCAACAAGACUUCCUCAAGAAGAGACCGAUCCCCGGGUACAACUGGAGCCAAAUUUCUACUAUCCACAGGAAGACCUGGUCUUCCAAUAUGCGAAAGACACGGGCUGUGGAUGGAGUGUGCAUAUGCCCGGUCCCAUCGUGGGCGCUGUCCCAGACGCUGCCAUGAACAUCGCAUUUCCACUUGCUGUAUAUGCUACCGUGUGUCAAAAGCUUGGACAGCCACUCGAGUUUCCGGGCGAUGCAGCCUCGUGGCAGAUGCACUCGUCAAUGUCUGCUGCACAGAUGAAUGCUUAUCAGGAAGAAUGGGCGGUUCUGCUGGGUCCUCCAAAUCAGCAAUACAAUACGUGCGACAAUAGUGCGUUCACCUGGGAGAAGGCCUGGCCGAGGAUAGCUGGCUGGUAUGGAAUCGAUUCCAAAGGUCCCCAGGACGGCGAUCAGUACGUGGAGUAUCCGAGUCGAUUCAACCCCAGAGGUUAUGGGCCAAAGGGCAUUACGAGACGCAAGUUCAGAAUGGUAGACUGGGCAAAGAAGCCAGAAGUGCAAGAAGCAUGGAAAGAGAUCGUGAAGCAACACGGUCUGACUCAAGAGUUGAAGGACGUUGAUCGAGUCUUUGGCUUCUUGGACGGCUCGCUAUGCCGCCCUGCACCAUUACUGUUCUCCAUGGACAAGAGCCGGAAGCUUGGUUGGCACGGAUUCGUCGAUUCAUCAGAGGCCAUUCUGGAAGUUUUCAAGGACUUUGCGAAGCUGAAGAUGAUUCCUCCAGUGCCUUUGGCAAGAGUCAGCUUCAACUGAGCGGGCGUGGCUUGUGAGCUAGCUUCAAUGCCUCGGCAAACAGCAGGAUCGGGCUGCGAACAAGGUAAGCGUCUCGAGCGAGUUCUAGGACUUAUAUAUGCCCUAAAAGGGACUGCCUCCUCUGAGCCUUCACUGUUCCAAAUACCUCGCCUAGCUGAUGUUACAGAGCCA